AUGGAUACCCAAACUCGGAAAACUGAAAAAGAUAACAAUUUAACCAUUUCCACGGCUCGUCAAGAAGUUAUUAAUGAUAGUAACUCUAAUAUUAUUUCUAAACAAAUAGAGUUAGAAAACGAAAUUAUAGUUGGAUCAACGAACACGCAAAAUGAAGAAACAAAAGAAGAUUCUUAUGUAGAAGAUUCUUAUGUUGUAGACGACGAAGACUUGGAACAUAUCGAAUCUCUAGAUCACCCAGAUUAUGAUGAUCAAGAAUUAUUAUUCAUACACCAUGAAGAUAAUGGAGAUAGUGAUCAUAUGGUAUCUUCGAUUCACACAAGUGAUGAUACAGAGUCAGAAAACUCACUAAAUAUGCGAGAUGAUUCUAAUAGAAUGCUUGAUAGUCCACCUGACAUUCGUACACCUUCAUCACCUUCUUUAAAUUCCGAAGAUAACAUUAGCAUAGAAUCAAUACCUACGGGAGAUUUUUCAAAUCCUUCAAAUCACGAUGAAUCAUUUGAAAGAGAUAUCCCAGUUAUGCCAGCUCCAGGUGAAACUCGUGCACAAAUUCUUGCUCCUUUGGAUUUCAUUGAUGAUUAUGGUGGUGAGAGCAGAAUUCAAUUAACACCUAUUUUAACUAAAGCUAUAGAGACCGAUGAUGAUCCACCAAGUCCGACAUUACCCUCUUUACAUGCUAAAACUUUAGAUAAUAACACCAAUAUCAACAAUGAUUAUAAUGAUGAUAACCGUAUCAAUAACAGUAAUAGUAGUAGAAAUCAUUUACCUCACAUUCCAGAAAUUUUGUUUAGACAUCAACAAAAUACUGGUCUUGAUUUUCGUCAUAGGCAAAAUUCUAGUUUAGGUGGAAUGGCUUUGAAUAUAUUUCAUCAUCAAUUGUUGCUUCCGUUUUUUCAAGGGUUCAGUUGGGGAAUUGGGAUGCACCUUUAUCGUUAUAUGAGAAAUGGCUUUUCGCUUAGAAGUUUUUGGAGAUCUUUAUCUGGAGGUGUAAGAGGACCCUCUUCCAAUAGAUUGGAAUAA